AUGGAUGAACUGUUCGGCAGCGACGGAGACAGCGACAAUGAGCCACAGAGAGCCCGAUCUGAUUCUGGUUCCGGGUCGGACUCCGAGCCGGAGAGGCCGCGUUCGGCCAGUGCAGCCUCAGGCAGCGGCAGUGACCGAGAGCGGGACGAGGAUGAUGAGGAAGGACAGGGGAAGGCUAGUAUGAACAAGGAGUUGUUUGGAGACGACAGUGAAGACGAGCGCCACAGUCACCGCAGCGGCAGCGACCGGUCCGAGCGAUCGGGCAACCAAUCAGACGCCAGCGUUCACUCUGACCAGGGCGAGCACUCUGACGCAGAGCAGCACAGCGGCUCAGAGAGGGGCUCUGGGAGGGGCUCAGAGAGGGGGUCCGACAGAGGGUCCGACAGAGGGUCCGACAGAGGGUCCGAGAGGGGGUCUGACAGGGGCUCUGAAAGAAGCCACCAUGACGAGGAUGAAGAUGAGGAAGGGCACCGGUCUGACGUGGGUAGUCCUGGGGGGACUCCUGGGGCGAGUCCGGCCGGUAGUGCAGCGUCCAGAGGGUCCGUGGGGUCCAGAGGAUCUCGAGGAACGAUGGGGUCCAGAGCGUCCAGAGGGAGUCUGCGGUCCGACAGGGGCAGUCCCAGGUCAGACAGAAGUGCCCACAGUGAUGCAGGCACCCCUCAGUCCGGCCCCGGGACCCCUGCCCUCUCUGACGCAGAGGGCUCUGGCCACGAGAACCACUCAGAUGAUGAGAAAUGGGGGCGUGGUAUGAAGAGCGACCAAUCAGAAGAUGAGGGGAAGCGCAGAUACUCUGACGAAGAACCGGAAAAUUCAGACGACGAUCGCCCCAGGAACCGGAAGCCCGAGUCAGCGAAAGGCAGCGACAGUGAAGAUGAUUUCCUCCGGCAGAAAUCCAAACCAAAAGCGGCUUCAGACUCCGAUUCAGACAGCGACAUCGGCUCAAAGAAACCCAAAAAAGCGGCUGCAGACGACCUCUUUGGAGAGGCUGAUGACAUCUCUUCAGACAGUGAUGCAGACAAGCCCCCCACGCCAGGACAGCCCAUGGACGGGGAGGAGGGAAUGGAGGGAGAGCACGCGGAGGAGGAGCCUGUGCCCGAGACCCGAAUCGAGGUGGAAAUCCCCAAAGUCAGCACUGACCUGGGAUCAGAUCUGUACUUUGUCAAACUGCCCAACUUCUUAUCAGUGGAGCCGAGGCCGUUUGACCCUCAGUAUUAUGAGGACGAGUUUGAAGACGAAGAGAUGUUGGAUGAAGAGGGCCGAACCAGGCUCAAAUUAAAAGUUGAAAACACAAUCCGGUGGAGAGUGAAGAGGGACGAAGAGGGCCUUGAGACCAGAGAGAGUAAUGCUCGCAUCGUCAAGUGGUCAGACGGCAGUAUGUCGCUGCACUUGGGAAACGAGGUGUUUGACGUGUACAAAGCGCCGCUGCAGGGAGACCACAACCAUCUGUUCAUCCGACAGGGCACCGGGCUGCAGGGGCAGGCCGUGUUCAAGACCAAACUCACUUUCAGGCCCCACUCCACGGACAGUGCCACCCACAGGAAGAUGACCCUGUCUCUGGCCGACCGCUGCUCCAAGACCCAGAAAAUCCGGAUCCUCCCGAUGGCCGGACGAGAUCCUGAGUCUCAGCGAAACGAGAUGAUCAAGAAAGAGGAGGAGCGUCUGCGUGCGUCAAUCCGCAGAGAGUCCCAGCAGCGGCGGGUCCGGGAGAAGCAGCACCAGCGCGGCCUGAGCACCGGCUACCUGGAGCCCGAUCGCUAUGACGACGACGAGGAGGCGGAGGAGGCCAUCAGUCUGGCCGCCAUCAAGAGCAAGUACAAGGGCGGAGGCGGGCUCAGAGAGGAGCGUGCCAGAAUCUACUCCUCCGACAGCGAUGAAGGCUCUGAUGACGAGAAGGCCCAGCGUCUGAUGAAAGCAAAGAAACUCGACAGUGACGAGGAGGGAGAAGGAUCCGAGAAGAGGAAGGCGGAAUCCGACGAGGAAUUCUCUGCAAAGAAGAAAAAAUAUGUGAUGAGCGAUGAAGAGGAGGAGGAGGAAGAAGAAGAGAGAGAAGAGAGAGAAGAGGGAGAGGAGAGGGAGGAGAGGGAGGAGAGGGAGGAGAGGGAGGAGAGAGAGGAGGGAGAGGAGGGAGAGGAGAGAGAGGAGAGAGAGGAGGGAGAGGAAGGAGAAGUGGACGAUGAAGAUGAUGAAUAG